AUGGCUUGCAGCAGGAGCAGCGUCCUAGCUGUUGAUGUUGCUGCUAUGGGUGCACUCCGCCGCUCUGCCCCCGCCGGCCGGCGAGUCCCACCACCUGCGCUGCCCUCCGUCAAGCUCGGCGCGCUGCCUGUGCUGGCGCACCCUGACGGGCCCGAUCCCGCCGGAGCUCGGCGCGCUGCCCGUGCCGGAGUCCAGCUUUCACGGCUGUCCAAGCUGCUCCUCAUCAACAACGAACUCUCUGGCCAGUUGCCCGCGGAGAUUGGCAAUUGCACGUCCCUCGACCGGUUCCGGGCAAGCGGCAACCACAUCGCCGGCGCGAUACCACCGGAAAUCGGCAUGCUUGGGAGCCUCAGCUUCCUGGACCUGGGCUCCAACCGGCUGUCCGGUGCUCUCCCCACAGAGUUAUCAGGAUGCCGGAACCUCACGUUCGUCGACCUCCACGACAAUGCCAUCGCCGGCGUGCUGCCGUCAGGGCUCUUCAAGGAAUUGCUCUCGCUCCAGUACCUUGACCUCUCCUACAAUGCCAUCUCUGGCGCGCUCCCGUCCGACAUCGGCCUGCUCACUUCGUUGACAAAGCUCAUUCUCAGUGGCUACCGGCUGUCCGGAGCGAUGCCACCGGAGAUUGGCUCGUGCUCCCGCCUCCAGCUCCUCGACGUCGGCGGCAACUCGCUGUCCGGUCACAUUCCGGGGAGCAUCGGCAAGAUUCCGGGAUUGGAGAUCGCCCUUAACCUCAGCUGCAACAGCUUCUCCGGCUCGAUGCCAGCGGAGUUCGCAGGGCUCGUGAGGCUUGGGGUGUUCGACGUGUCACACAACCAGCUCUCCGGCGAUCUCCAGGCUUUGUCUGCGCUACAGAACCUCGUGGCGCUCAACGUCUCCUUCAACGGCUUCUCCGGCCGGCUUCCGGAGACGGCGUUCUUCGCGAAGCUUCCGACCAACGACGUCGAGGGCAACCAGGCACUGUGCCUCUCGCGGUGCUCUGGUGGUGCAGGCGACCGUGAGCUCGAGGCACGCCGCGCCGCUCGUGUCGCGAUGGCUGUCCUGCUCACCGCCCUCGUCGUCCUCCUGGUGGCCGCGGUGCUCGUCCUGUUCGGGUGGCGCCGGCGCGGCGAGCGUGCCAGCGAGGACAAGGACUCCGAGAUGUCGCCGCCGUGGGACGUGACGCUGUACCAGAAGCUGGACAUCGGCGUGGCCGAUGUGGCUCGCAGCCUCACUCCGGCGAACGUGAUCGGCCACGGGUGGUCCGGCGCGGUGUACCGUGCUAACAUCCCGUCGUCCGGCGUCACGGUCGCCGUCAAGAAAUUCCAGUCAUGCGACGAGGCGUCCGUGGAGGCGUUCGCGUGCGAGAUCAGCGUGCUGCCCCGGGUGCGACACCGCAACAUCGUCCGGUUGCUGGGAUGGGCGUCCAACCGCCGGACGCGACUCCUCUUCUACGACUACCUCCCGAACGGCACUCUCGGCGGCCUUCUGCACGGUGGCGCUGCCCUCCGUCAAGCUUCCGGUGGGACUCGCCGGCCGGCGGGGGCAGAGCGGCGGAGUGCACUUAAGGUGUUCGUGGAAAUGAGAGAGAGAGAGGAGGAAGAAGAUUGAUGCUGACAGGUGGGCCCAAGCGGUCAGAUUUGUGCUUAGCAUGGGCUAAGCGAGCGAUUUCGCGACUUGGU